AUGUUGGAUAUGUCGAUGGCCGAAGACGGUAUAUGGGUGCUGGACACGUGCGGCAUUUGUGAGGUGAGGGACAAGAUAAUUCACAAACAGGGCGACGGUUCCGAAAUCACACUGGCCGACCUCGAAUGUUCGGUAAUGGACUUCGUGGUGAAAAUGGAAUGUGAGACCGUAGUUGUCGGAAUGAUGGAUGGCUCGGUCGGUAUCAUGUCGGUUAUCAGUUCUGACGAUGCAAGUCAGUAG